AACAUGCCGCAAAUAAGUGAGGACACAAUGCGCGAGCUGGAUGACAUUUUGAAUGAGAACAACCCAGAUGCAAAUCGUUUGACGGCGUUUCUAAAAUUAAAAACCGCUCCAAAGCCAAAGGCCACGCCACAGUACGUGCUUGGCGGCUACGAUGUGUCAUUUGAUGUAGACGUAGACUUGAUAAAACUGCCAGAAAAGCAACAGCAACAACAACAGCAGGCUCAGCCAAAAGGUACACAGACAGUGGCUAACAAAAGAGCGCUACACGAGACAUUUAACCUACCCUUUACAGAAAAUGUGCAACAUUUGGUGACAGAGUCACAGCCGCAACCCGAAUUUCCCAAUUCGCCGACACACGAGAAUUUACCACCGCCGCGGCGCUCCCAUAGCGUCUCGCCUGCGCACACUCUACGCUUCCAAGCGCCUCUCAGCGGAGGCACCCUGCCCGAGCCUGAUAAAUUGCGUCGUGUGGCCUUGAACAGACGCUCCCAGUUGGGUGGCCGGCGCGAACUGCAGAAGGAGUUCGACAAUGCUGUAAAUGAGACGCGCAAGCCAUCGGGCUCCUUUGAUUUUCUGCCCACAGUUAGUAGCACGCCUGCUUCAGAGAAACCAGCAACCAGACAGUCGCCACAACAACAGAAGGAGCCGCAGCAAUCGCCACAGCGAUUACCACAGCGUUCGCCACAGAGCUCAUCACCGCGAUCGCCACACCGUUCGCCAGGAGCAGCAGCAAUAGGUGCCGCCCUUGAGCCUCUGCCGCAACAUGACCAUUUCGAAACCAGCUUUGAGUCAAAUCUAAAGCAAAUGGACCGCAAGGAAGAGCGGCCUUCCAAGACGACAGCAGCACAGAUUCCCUCGACGAGCACAUCACAGCGUCUAGGGACCCCAACUAGUGUGGGCAAUCGGGGCACCUUUACCAUAGAAAAGGCAACAGAGCCCGCGCCCUUAAACAAAAGCCCAAUCAUGGGACAGCUGGCAGCAAAGGCUACUCCGUCAACUGCGCGCACGGAUUCAAACGCUGGAAGACAGCCUCGAGUGCGUUUGAGACGCUCACCACAGCUGCAAAAAGCAAUACGAAUAGCACAGCAAAGCGAUCGUAUUGUGCCUGAAACACAAACCCAGGAGCAUAGGCCACAAGUGGAGUCGCUGCCACAGGCGCCUCGAGUGCGUGUGAGACGCACAUCCGAGCUGCUCGAGUCAACACGAACGUCCCAUCAAAUCGGGCCGGACACGGAGCAUAUUGUGCCGGAAACACAAACACAGCACAUGCCACAAAAGGAGGCGUCAGCUGCGCCAGCAACACCGCCAAGAUCAUCAGCAGCCGCCACAGCAGCAGCAGCAGCUGUUAGUUGUGGCAUACAAACCACUUGCAGUCCGGAUAAUAUUCGUGAUGAUACAAUGCUCAACGAAAGCGACGCUGAGAUUACGGAUAGCACAGCGCCGCUAAACUUGGCACCACCCGGUGGCAAUACAACCAGGCAGCAUCGCCGGUGCAGGAAGUCGCCUUGCCAGGAGGCGACCAUGCAACUGCUCGAUUUGCAUCGCACGCGCUCAAAUAAUUUACCUGAGCAGCGCGCACAGAAGAUAGCACAGAUGGCACUCAAUAAGCCGCCCCAGCCGGCCAUCAACGGUGAACAGCUUGCCGAGGAACUGGCACGCAUGAGCAACUUUGAGAUACUUGAUUUGCGCAAACGCAAUUCAUUGGGCAGCAUCUAUCAGCAGAGCGGGGAGCAGCAGCCGACCAUCAUGGAGCAGCAGCUGGUAUUGGAGCAGAGCAUACAAAUGGAGAUAUUGCGGCGUAAUCUGUCUGGUCGGGGCGAAGGUUUGCCCAGCAAAGUGACUGCACCCAGUUUAGAGUUAAAUGCUUUGCCAGCGCCAGAUGCAGCGUCGAGUGCACUCAACAAAAGCACAGCAAUGGGGCGAAGCUUAUCGAUGCAACAGUUCAAUAGCUCUACGUUGCUGCAGCCGCCGCGACGCUCGCGCUCCAGACGCCGUGGCGCACCCGUGACCACUGAGCUAUUGAAUUAUUUGGAGCUCUCGCAAGCUAUUGAGAAACGCCUCAAGUCACGCUCCAGGACGGACACUAAACGCAGUCUUUACACCAAGGGCAACUCGGACAUCGAGGACAAUCUGUCGCCGUUGCCGGCAAAACAGACGCGCCUAAGCGACAGCUCCAUACAGAUCGCACCCGCACCGUCGCCACAUUCAAUCAUCGAGGAUAUACCCAUCGUGCCGCCGCCAUCAAUCUCCAUACGCUACUCGCGUCAGUCUCGCAGAUCGGUCCGCUUUAGCUCUAAUGUUGUGAACAAAGGGCCGCCAGAGGAAAACCCGGUGCAGCAGAGGGCAGAUGCUGCAUCAGAUCAAACACAAACCUGUCCGGUUGGGAUUGUCGAUGAUAUACCCAUUGUGCCGUCUCCACCAGCCUCUUUAAGAUACUCGCGUCAGUCGCGUAGAUCGGUCCGCUUCAGUUCUAUUGAUGUGAACGAAGAGUCGCCAAAGGAAAACCUGGUGCAGCAGGGGGCAGAUGCUGUCGAGGAUAUACCCAUUGUGCCAUCUCCACCAGCCUCCUUAAGAUAUUCGCGCCAGGCUCAAAGGUCUCUGCCGGAGCCGCCAGAUGAAAUCAUGUAUGCGGAAGAGGAGCUGCAGCAAAGACCAAAUGCAGCUACAGAACUGGAGGCUAUAUCCAUUAAGCCGCAUUCACCGGCUUCCAAACGAUGCUCGCGCAGGUCGGUGCGCCUUAGUUCUACUGCUGUGAAUGCAGAGCCGCCAAAGGAAAUUAAUUACGCGGAGACGGAGCAGGCGGAUGAAUUGACAGAAAGCUCUCAAGCUAAGAUUAUUGAGGAUAUACAAAUUGUCCCGCCUUCGCCAGCCGCUAUUCGAUACACCCGCCAGUCGCGCGGAUCUCUGCCACAGCCGUCCAAGAAGAUCGCUUAUGCUGAGGAGCAGGAGCAGGAACAGGGACAGAUUCAGAUUCAGCAAGGCACAGAUGCACAAGGCGCAGCUGCUGAGGAGGAGGAUUUAAUGUUGCCGGCACAGCUUAACAAUAAUACAGAGGCGAGCAGUACGUGUAUGGAGGAGCUGCGCAUGGAAACGCCAACACCACCAGCUGCACCAGAUGUAUCAAUCUUGGACCCAAUCCCGAUAGAUGAACAGCCGAGCACCAGUAGAGCUGCACGCGAGGCACUCCAGCUGUCGAUUAGCCAGGAACAGAGCAAAAACAGGAAUGAAUCAAAGGACCCUAGAAAACAGCAGAAGCCAAAGCAAAAGAAGCCAAUAGGAGAUGAUGCUUUAUUCAAGAAACCAUCUGUGCCGCCGCCCAGGAAAAAUCGAAAGAACCAAUUGGACAGCGUAUUGAAUAAGCUGCGCAUUACACUCGUCAACGAGACGUUGCCGGAGGAGGCGAAUGCAACGAACGGAAACGAUGAUACAACUGGAGUUCGCAGAUCGAAACGUGGUCACGUUCCGCUGCGCAACACUUGGGUGCACACUGUCAGCGAUCCUUUUAAGUUCACCUUCUUUGAGCGCUCGCUUUCUUCCUAUACCAACUUCGCAAAGGAUAAGUCCAAGACAAGAUCAGCUCAGAAUCGCACCAAUUCGUUAAUUGUGAGACCGCCGCUCUGUAGCAGCACGCCGCGCGAUGAUAGUGAGCCCGGGACUACAGAACGCACUUCCGGAACGCUAAAGCGUAAGCGGGAUUACCAGCAGGAGCCACAGGAAAUGGGCAUAUCCCGACUAUCCGAAAUAACUGAAGAAGAGGAACAGCAAAUGGAGCCGGAGAGCUCAGCUGUACGGCAAACCAAACGCAAGGCAGCAACGAAAUCAUUUGGACGCCCCCAAAAGCGGUCAAAGGAUGAUAUGCCUCUAGAAAAUCGAGCGCGACAAAAAAAGUAUUCUCGAAUAUACUCUGACUCAGAUUCCGAAACAGAAUCAGAAGCAGAUCCAAUGCCGCGCUCAGAGGAAUUCGAAGCUGCAGACGAGCCAGCACCUAAGUCGAGAGCUGCGCCUGAACUGGAUCCGGCGCCCAAACUCAACGUGGCGCAAACCCAACUCUUGCAAAUGACGGACUGGCUACGUGGUGUUAGCGAUGUGCCGCCCGGAUCCACUGAGGAUGCGGCCAGCGUCGCGAGCGAAGAAGAAAACAAUUCAAUUCGUUUCACAUCGGCGGCCAACUUGGAUUUCUCGACUUUGGACGGCAUUGAAUACAGCUUCUAUGGAACGGAGGACAAGUGCGCCAUAGGCUACAUGCGCUUCCAGCCGCUGCAACAGCGUGGCAUGAAACGCAACAAGUCCAAUACAUUGCGCUUUCUUGCGCUCUAUGGAGAGUUUGAUGUUCAUCUGGACAAUGGCUCGGCCGAGAUGCAGAGAUGCAUUUUGAAAACAGGCGAUUUGGUUGAGAUUAAAAUGGGCAGCCGCUUUAAUAUAACCAAUCGUUUGAAUGAGAUCAGCCUGCUGAUCGUGAAUCGCAAGUGAAUUGAUACGCAGUUUAUGUUUACAUCAACAUAUUCACAUGCCACACCGAUAGAUAAAACAAAAUCUGCACAUACAAUGUAUGUAUAUAUUUCUUUGUUUUUUUCUUCGACUUUUGAAUAGUUUUAAAUCUUGUUUUUGUCUGUGCGACAUGAAUAUAAAUAUAUUUUGUUAACGUGAACACAAGA